UGUAUGGAGUGUGGUAGCCUUUUAGAUGUACAGAAACGCUUUAGAGGUACAAUGGUCAUCUACGAGUGGACCUGCAUCAAUAAUCAUGUUGGGCGAUGGGAGUCACAGCCUCUUGUGCGAGGCAUGCCUCAGGGCAACCUGGACUUAAGCGGUUCUAUACUCUUCAGUGGUGGAACAUACACUAAGGUGCUUGAUAUGGCAAAUGUUCUUAACUUAAAUAUUUUAACAGAGCGGCAUUACUUGAAUAUUCAACGUCCAUUGCUCUUCCCUGUUGUUGAGUCGCUGUAUCAGGAACAGCAUCAAUUGUUGCUGUCUUCUUUUCGCUCCAAACACGUUUUUUUGGGAGGUGAUGGACGAAGUGAUUCGCCAGGUCAUAAUGCAAAAUACCUAUCGUAUUCUUUUGUUGAUGAGGAAAGUGACAAAAUCUUGCACUUUGAAUUAGUACAGGUAACGGAAGCACCGGGCCAGGCAUCAACAAAUAUGGAGCGCUUAGCUUUUAACAGGGGAAUGCAGUAUUUGCAAGAUGAAAAUGUUAUUGUUGAUGGGAUUGCUACUGAUAGACACCCACAGAUAGCAAGUGAUAUGGACAAAAAUACAAAGAAUUGUCACAUGAAUUUGACAUUUUCCAUGUGGCAAAGAACAUUGACAAAAAGUUAGGUCAAAAGGCGAAGGCUAAGGGAUGUGAGGACCUGGGAUUGUGGCGUACAUCAAUCAAAAAUCAUCUGUGGUGGUGUUGUUCAUCAUGUGAGGGUGACUACACGGUAUGUAAAAAAAAGUAAAAAUGUUUGGCUGUUACAUACACAUGCAUGUUGUCUCAAAUAUUGAUACAGUAAUUACUUUUUCGG